GCGGGCGGCUGGCCGCGGGCUCCCGCCCCGUCGGUUGGGCAGCGCGUCCGUCGGUCCGCGAGACGCCGCCGGCGUCGCCCUGGCCAUGGCGCUCUGGCUGCCGCUGCUGUCGCUGCUGGGGCUGAUCCCGGGCGCGGCGCCCGCCCCCGCCAAGCUCCGAGACGCCGGCGCUCAGGGCUGGGGGCCGCCGCCCCCGGCGCUGCUGGGGCCCGCGCGCUUCGCCCUGGAGAUGUACAACCGCGGCCGGGCUGCGGGGACGCGGGCGGUGCUGGGGGCCGUGCGCGGCCGCGUCCGCCGGGCGGGCCGGGGGAAGCUGUACUCCCUGGAGGCGACCCUGGAGGAGCCACCCUGCAACGACCCCAUGGUGUGCCAGCUCCCUGUGUCCAGGAAAACCCUGCUCUGCAGCUUUGAAAUCCUGGAUGAGCUAGGAAAACACAUGCUGCUGAGGAGGGACUGUGGCCCAGUGGAUACCAAGGUUACAGGUGCUGGGAUACCCAAGGAUGCUGGGAUAGCCUGGUCAGACUUUACUCAGAGUUCCGUCUUAACUCCUUCUCUGUCCCACCUCUAUCCAGAAGACAGAAACGAGACUUCAGUCCUUCCGCUGUUGAGCAAGGACCCCCUGCCCCACGACUUUUCUGUGAAGAUGGCUUCAGUCUUCAAGAACUUUCUCGUCACCUAUAACCGGACAUAUGCGACUAAGGAAGAAGCCCGGUGGCGCCUGUCCGUCUUUAUCAGUAACAUGAUGCGAGCACAGAAGAUCCAGGCUCUGGACCAAGGCACAGCUCUCUAUGGGGUCACCAAGUUCAGUGAUCUCACAGAGGAGGAGUUCCGCACCAUCUACCUGAACCCCUACCUAAGAGAAGAUACUGGCAAGAAAAUGCGCCAAGCCAGGCCUGUGGAUAACCCUGCCCCACCUGAAUGGGACUGGAGGAAUAAGGGGGCUGUCACCAGUGUCAAGAACCAGGGCAUGUGUGGUUCCUGCUGGGCCUUCUCAGUCAUAGGCAAUGUGGAGGGCCAGUGGUACCUGAACCGGGGGAACCUGCUGUCCCUCUCUGAGCAGGAACUCUUGGACUGUGACAAGAUGGACAAAGCCUGCAUGGGUGGCUUGCCUUCCAACGCCUACUCGGCCAUAAAGAAUUUGGGAGGGCUGGAGACAGAGGAUGACUACAGCUACCGGGGCUACAUGCAGGCCUGCAACUUCUCGGCAGACAAGGCCAAGGUCUACAUCAAUGACUCAGUGGAGCUGAGCCAGAAUGAGCAGAAGCUGGCGGCCUGGCUGGCCAAGAAAGGCCCGAUCUCCGUCGCCAUCAAUGCCUUUGGCAUGCAGUUCUACCGCCACGGGAUCUCCCGCCCACUCCGGCCUCUCUGCAGCCCUUGGCUCAUCGACCAUGCCGUGCUGAUUGUGGGCUACGGCAACCGCUCUGACAUUCCCUUCUGGGCCAUCAAGAACAGCUGGGGCACCGACUGGGGCGAGGAGGGUUACUACUAUUUGCAUCGUGGGUCCGGGGCCUGUGGUGUGAACACUAUGGCCAGCUCAGCAGUGGUGGACUGAGGAGCCCACUGGCUUGGGACCUGGUGCUGACCAGAGCAGCCCCUUCCCCAGCCUGCCCUGCGUGUCCAGGCCUCUCCCUAGGAGGUACAGCUGGCUGAGGGACAGGCACUGGAUCACUCGGGGUGAGCACCCGGCUUGCACAGCCCCUACUUCCCUCCACCCCACUCCCACCCUGAAGUCCCCAGCUGCACCUUUGUUGAAUUGUGGUAGUAGUACCUAGGACGAUCUUGGGUUGGAGGAUGAUUUCUUGGCUGCUGAAGCUGCGGCAAGAACUUGGCCCAAGUAAUGAGCAGAAAGAAAAUAUUCUGAUCUUCAACCCAGCUCUGUCCUCAGCAGGCUCUGGCUUCCGCCCCAGCUUUCCUCUCUUUGAUGCUAGACAUUUUCUGGUCCCCCUGGAUAUGGGGACGGUGUCCCCUUCCACACCCAGGAAACUUGUAACUGCCCUUUCUAACAGCAAUAAAGAGGUGUUCUGGUCCCCA